UACGAUGAACUACCUUGAUAGGGUAGGAUCAACAUUGCUUCAAGUGAUGGUGGUCAUGGUUUUUAUGGCAGCUUGUGAGCAGAGUUCUAAUUGUACGUCAUUGACAUUAGAGUGUAACAAAGAUCUUGAUCCUUGGAUUGAGAAAAGCUUGAUGAUGGAAUCCCUGACUAAUGAUAGUUUCGAUUGGGUCAAAGCUUCUUUACAUACGAACCGAUUCAAAACAGUUGUUGCUUCUCUAGUUGCAAUGCAGGAAAUCGUAUUAGAAGAUGAAGGUGGAGUAUCAGGAGCAUCAUCAGGAGCAUCAUCAGGAGCAUCAUCAGGAGCAUCAUCAGGAGCAUCAUCAGGAGCAUCAUCAGGAGCAGAUACUAAGACGGAUGGAUCGAUCGAGAAAAACAGCAAAGGAUCUGGUGAUACGGAUUAUGGAAAAAUAAAAACGAUGUUCAAGGGCAACAACAUGUUGAAAAAGGGCUUAAAAGCUUUAGGCGUGUUAGCAAGUUGUGUACAGUUUAUUGGACCGGUCAUGGACAUCGUUCUUCUCUUCAUGCCCAAAAGCAAGUCAGAAGAGCUGAAGGCUAUCGAAUCCGGGUUUGCAAGUAUAACUGGUAAGCUAAACUCAGUAUCUGCUCAGCUUGAAAACAUCCAGGAAUCACAGGAUUGGAAUAUUAUAUCAACUAGCUUGAUAACGUUUGAAACCAACGUGGACCAUAUCAUGGAAAAGUAUGAAAAUCUCCAGAAAACAUUUAAUGCUGUCGAUUCCACAAAAGAGCUACCACUUGACGUGAAAGGUUACAUGGAAGAUUUAACAAUUGCUAUCAGAGACACUGGAGACAUAGGAAAUUUUAUACAGCUUGUCAAUAAUCUGUUCCUUGGAAAAUCAGAGAUAGUCAAAGGACAAACUUUACUUGAGAUUUUUAUGAAGGCAGUGGAUGGUGAUUGCAGCAAGAUCCUCCCAAUGACCAAUAAACUGAUGAUAACAGUGAAGAACGCACAAAAGCUUCAAUUCUACUACGAACUGAACCAGCAGCUGAUCAAACCUGAUGAUGACAAAGGAUAUCCGAAAAUGAUAUACGACAUGUACAAAGACAUAGCCCUCCAGUAUACAGAAUGUACAAGAAAGGCGGCUACUGUUGCUCAAGAGGAGGUGAAGAUCAUGUACGGGAAUGACGAAACGGUAAAGGAUAUCAUCAAAAAACUGGGUGACAAAUACAUAAUCUAUGAUUGGGCGACAUUAAAAGUGCAAAGUACAACAGAUUUCUUGGCAUUGAAAGGCAAAUUAGUUGCUAAAUUAGAUAUAGAAUUGACAGCAAAAUCUGACGAUGAAAAGAAAAAAGAGCGUCUAAGUCUGAUGAUGGUACCCAAAUCAACGACUGGAGAUGUUAAUGAUGCAACGGAGCGCAUCAAGAAGGUUUUGGACUCAUCAAAGAAUGAGGAACGUGAACUGACGCUUUAUGAUGAUCCCGGAUACGAAUGGUACUCUGUCUUAUAUAUUGGCUUAUUAGAUAAGGUGUUAGAAAUAUUGGAAAGAGAUGCUAUUUUAAAGUCCUUGAUCGAACAAAAUAGGAUGGAAAUUUUCAUGUUUAAAUCUGACUCUAGCUCUGAUUUUGAACUAACUGGAUGGCAUUUUAAAACCACAAUGGAGAUGUUUUACAAAUUUACGUGGCAGAAUUAUAAUUAUAUUGGAUCUGGAAGACAAAAUGAUAAGAAAGGAUUCAUGGUGGAUUUAGAAUUUUUAUUCAACUUUGAGGACAGAAGUGAUUUUAGCUGUGUGAAUGGACGCGAGAUAGCAAUGUCAGGCGAUGGUAGUUUUCCUUACUGUCUUUGUGAUAUAAAUUUUGGAGGGGACACUUGUGAAAUUCCGCUCGAAAAUAAUCCGUCAGCUAACCUUGGAGAAUCUGUGAAGAGUUUUGUGCAAAUGUACAAGGUUCCAGGCAUGUUUGACCUGCAAGAUGACAUAAAAAAAGGAACAGAUAAGGUCUUGCUGGGAAUGGAGGACAAUAAGAUGGAGAUAUUCAAAGAAAUUCGAGGAACAGAAGUUGCAAUCCGAAAGAGCCAAAAUGCCGUGCUUUCUGCUCAAUCGAUUAUGCUGAAUGAAUUAAAAGCUGAAAAUUCAAAGCUUUUAUCGGAGUUUUCUGGUUUUCAGAGUGCGAUGGAAAGCGCUUUAGAAAGAGAACGGAACGAUAGAAUCUAUAGGACCAACGAAGGACAAAAAUUGUUGGUUAGUACAAUUAGCUCAGCUAACAAAGAAGUCCUCGAUAGUAUGAACCGUUUAACAGGAAAGAUCAUCCAAAACCGAUACUUUAAGGAAUUGAAAUUGUAUAUUCCAGUAUACCAGAUGAAAUUUGAGCUGGCAAUAGAGUAUGGAGGUUAUGCAGAAAAAGACUUUAGCGAAUACAUGAGGUUAUUUGAACAAAUGCUUUAUGUAUCAAAGGAGUCCGUCAAGAAUGCAAUCCUCGCAGAGACAGAUUCUUUCAUAGUUGCUCAAAUGCAAAUAUAUAUGAUUUCUGGUUGUACUGAUGACUAUGAAAAGCAGGUCAAAUCAUCUUGGGCUGAACUGCUUUCACUUCAUCUUACCUUGAACACAAUGGAAAUGUGGAAUUUGGAAUACAGGAUAAAAGGUAGUUCAACUCAGGACGAAAGAGAGUUUCUUGAAUACGAAAAGAAGCUUCUUCAGGGAACUGUAGUGUUGGAUACAAAUAAGUUCAAGAAAGUUGCCAGAACAAGGAGUUGUGCAGGAUUUGAAAUGCCAGGUUUGCUGGGCGGAGGAUGUGGCUCCUCGAUGACCUACGCUGGACAGUCUGUACCAAUGCAGUGCUACGACCCUAAAAAAGGUUUAGUUUGUGCAUCUACAGGCGAAGCUAUAUCAGAGGUAACUUGCAGGCGGUAACAGCGUUUGGGCUGUCAGUGUUGAGGACCUAAAGUGCAUAACGAAGUGUGAAUUCGAUGGAAAGGUCUAUGAGAUAGGAGAAACCAGACUGUUAGAAGAACCGCCCGCUGGGCAUGAAUGGAAGAAUGAUGACGGAAUUAAGGCAACCGAGACAACAUGUUUGGCAGAUAUUGCAUCAUCAUCUGGUGUGUGGAAAGUUUUUGUAGCAACUGAUAUCGACGAGUGUGCAGCUGAAGUUGACCUCUGUGGGUUUGGGGGAACAUGUUACAAUACGGUCGGAUCCUUCGAUUGCAGUUGCCUAUCAGGAUACACAGCAGGACUUAAUUGCAAAUGUGAAGAUGAGAAUGAAUGCAGAUUUGGAGGGAUUGGAUUUGAAAAGUGCCUGAGAGGAAGCCAAUUGGGAAUGUGUGAAAAUACUGAAGGAAGCUACAAGUGUUUAUGUUUUCCAGGUGCUUAUAAGAGUAAGACCCUACCUGACCUAGAGUGUAUCGCCUGUGAUUGUGAUGAGAAUGGUGUGACAAGUUCGAUCUGUGAUGGAGAAACAGGAGCCUGCUUCUGUGAUGAACACGUCGGAAAUGCUGACUGCAGCGAAUGCCAAACAGGUUUCACAAACUUCCCUAUUUGUAAGCAAUGCUCUGUAGGAUACUUCGGAUACCCAAACUGCAAUAAAUGUAAAUGUGAUGACAAUGGGGUCUCUGCGCAGUAUUGCAAUGCUCAAACUGGACAAUGCAAUUGCAAGGAGCAUGUAGGAGGUAACCUCUGUGACAGAUGUAGUCCAACUUACAAAUCAUUUCCGGCUUGCGUCAAAGAUUUCAAAGAUGGUAAGUUGGGUGAAUGGGAAGAUUGGGGUCCAUGGAUAGAUCAAGGAAGAUGUGGUCCUAGCGACCAUACAGGCUUUCCGCAGAAGAGGACGAGGACGAGAACGUGUGAUGACAGUGUAAAGAAUGACCAUGGUAAAAGUUGUGCAAACGAUGUUGAAAAAUCCGAAUCAAGAACACUUGAUGCUUGUAGGCCGAUAACCUAUUUAGGAUUCAAGGUUUGCGACAAAAAAAAUGCUGAUGGGAACAGUGCUUAUUACUACAUGAGGAUUAAACAAGGGCACAAUGAAUGUAUCACCAAUUAUAACACAUGGUAUUAUCCUGAAAGAAAUACAGACCAAAGAAGAGAUGGACCACAAGGAUGUGAAAGGACUUUCGACACAAGAAAGGCCGUUGAAGUGUGGCUAAUCACAGAUUCGAGCGAUUGGUUGAUAUUGGAAAAUAUUUAUAUAGCAAUAGGUGACAGUAAACGUAAAGUAACAUUUGAGUCAUGUAUUGAACUUUACAAAGGGUACAACACUGGACCGCAUAAGAUGUCUCCAACAUAAGCUUAGAAGAAAUAAAGUUACAAAAACUUCAAAAAAUUUUUAAAAUGCAUGGCCGAACAUAUUCGUUUAUGGGUUUAAUGAGUAAAUUUUGUUGACAUAUGACACUGUUUUCAAAAUAAGCAUGUAUGUGUAAAUAUGAUAGUGUUAGUAUUAAAUUCGGCGAA